AUGGGUGACGCGACACCAAUUCUUUCGCUCCCCAACACCGAAGCCGCAGAAUGGAACAGAGCUCUGAUGCUAGAAUUCCAGGCUGUUUUAGAGGCAGAUCCUGCAGCAGACCUGAUGUCCAUAUUCCCAGACUCCUAUCGCCGUCAGCAUCAGUAUGCUGAAGAAAAACAGCUCUCCUACCCAGCAGCUAUAAAUCGCCAAACACUAAACGAUCUCGACGACGAGUUGAGACGCAAUCCAGAGAUCAAUCUGUUAUCCGUAUUUCCAUCGAAUUAUAACCGAAGAAUUACAAUGGCAACUGGGCCUAAGGUCGAAAAGACAGAUACCCCAAAGGUACAGGCUGCACCAGAGUAUCUCGAUCGUCUUGAUCUCGCUGAGACUGCAACGGUCGUCUUUCCAUUAUCUGAGAAGGUCACACCUUUGCUUGCCAAAUACUCAGACGAACUCUCGGAUAACAAGCCAAAGGACGAAGGGCACCAUCUCGCUGAAUCCUUGAAGUGUCUUCUUCUAGGCUCAGAAAAAAUCUGGGAAGGCCCUGCCAGAGGUGUCGUGGUGAAGUGUAGUGAGGAUAUUGUUGCCAAAUUAAUUAUGGGCAAUGACGAGUAUACUGAGUAUACAAUAUUACAAUAUCUUGAGCGGUGGAUGCCUGAUAUCCCAGCCCCAAGACCUCAUGGGCUCAUCGCAUUCGCUCCGUUUCGGGUCGUCUUUAUGUCUUACGUUCCCGACAUGACCCUGACCAAGGCAUGGCCAAACCUUACACAUGAGGACAAACUGUCCAUACAGCGUCAGCUAGAUGCCAUCUUCCGCCGGCUAAGGACCAUCAGACAGGAUGACGGCCACCCGCUUGGGGGAAUCAGCGGAGAGGGGGCGAAAGACAUGAAUGUGAAUGAAUGUUCUACGUUCAAAGAUAUCACCACAGCCGCUGCAUUCAGCGACUUGCAGUUUUCUGUCCGUCAUUACGGCAGCAAUUCCUAUAUUAAAUUACUUCGUUCUCUUCUGCGCCAUGACAACUCCUCAAUGUACGGGUCGGUGUUUUCCCAUGGCGAUCUGAGAACUGACAAUAUCAUGGUAAAACGGGAUCCUAACAACAACGAUCAUUAUGUGGUCAGUGGCAUUAUUGACUGGGAAGAGGGCGGUUUCUACCCUGAAUACUACGAAUGCACUGCCCUAUCUCGCUGCUUGAGCGUGAUUGAUGAGAAUGACUGGUAUAAUUAUUUACCUGAGUGUAUCUCACCCUCGCGUUUCCCUGUGCGUUGGCUUGUUGAUCGACUUUGGGGGAUACAUCUCAAAACUACAUAG